AUGUCUCCAAACAUGAGAGUGGCAGCUCAGCCCAAAGAUGGCAUUGAAAUACCAAACUGGAACUCUGCUCCAUCAAGAAACCUUAGCCUUUCAAUGAUGGUGUCAGGACAGUGCCAGGACUGUUUCAGCCCUUUGUUUACUGACUCAAGGAACAUUGCCCAGAGCCUUGGAUACAUGGAGAAUCAUGGACGGACACGUUCUGCUUAUGAGGACUACCAAAAGUCUGCAUCCAGUGCUAUUGGAAAUUUGAAAAUUGCUGAAGUUGAUCCAGGUGGUCAUUUUGUAAAGAUCCUGAACUGUGCCUCUGAAAAAGAGGAAAGCAUUGGGGAUUAUCUCUUGAAGCAGGACGUCCAAGGUCAACCAGUGGCUGUAUUUCAGUUUCCCACCGAGACCAGGAUGGGGCCCAACUCCACCGUGACAGUUUGGGCAGCAGAUUCUACAGCACUUCACAAACCUCCCUCAAAUUUUCUUUGGAAGGACCUGGAGAGAUUUAGGACAAGCCUUGACUGUGCUACCAUUCUCUGUGAGCCUAGCGGUCAAGCUGUGGCUUGGUACACUCCUCUCUACUGGAACAGAAGGCAAGGAUGGGUGGCAAAUGAGCAAAGUGAAAACAUUGAGAACAUGGUUAUAUCAACUUUCUCAACAAUAAAGCAAAAAGAGGGAUGGGAAAAGGAACAGCAAUUCACAAUAACUGAUACAGAGUGGAAGAGGGCUGACCCAGGGCAAACAGGAAGAAAAAGACAAAGCUUCAUUAAAAGGGAAAAAAAGACCUCUGCAUCCCUUUUCCCUAAUCAGAGUGCCUGGUGCCAAAGUCCAAACUCUCCCAUGCACCCUCACUUUUCUCUGGUUAGACCAUUAACCAUGGGGAAUGACGGCAGCAGUUUGUGCAGGCAGUCCCGGUGUCAGUCAUCACGGCCUGACCCCGUGCCAGGAGUGCCAGCCUGGGAAAAACCUUUCAGCUUGGGCCAGGAAAGUAUUGAUGCACCUGCUUAG